GGGGCGGAGGCCGAGCAGGCGCGGCGCGGGCGGGCGGGCGGCGUACGGGCAGCGGCGCCGUCUGCAGCCGGCCGGAGUCCAUGUUGGGGAAGUUGGCGGCGGCGUGACGAGGAGCCGCCGCGGAGCAGCGCCUCGGCAGCGCCUGAGGAAAUACCCUUUUAAAGAGAGAUGAAGAAGAAAACUAUGUAUACCAUAAAUGUGGGAGAUCAGGAGUAUGAAGAUAUGGAAGACAAAGAAAACAAAGAUAACACUACUACCACUGGUUUUUUGUACAAUGAAGCCGACAGAUGUCCAAUAUGUCUUAAUUGCCUGUUAGAGAAGGAAGUUGGUUUUCCAGAAAGCUGUAAUCAUGUCUUCUGCAUGACUUGUAUUCUUAAAUGGGCAGAGACCCUGGCCUCGUGUCCUAUUGAUCGAAAACCUUUUCAAGCAGUAUUUAAAUUCAGUGCAUUGGAAGGUUGUGUUAAGGUUCAAGUAAAAAAGCAGUUGAGAGAAACAAAAGACAAGAAAAAUGAAAACUCUUUUUUUAAGAAACAGCUUUCCUGUCCUGAAAAUUCUAGAAGCUGUAUGAGGAAAAAAAUCCUAAGAAUGGAUUUAUUAAAUGCAGGAUUUUAUGACUUGAAGAUGAUACAUAGAAAGUUUAAAUGCAGUGAAAUAGGAGGAAAGAAAAGUAAAACGAUAAAUAAGCCUCAAAGAUCAAAUCAUUGUUCAAGUCAGUGCUUCCAAAAUUUUUUCUCCAGUAUGUUUUCUUCUGAUAGUCACAUUGGGGAGUCUUCUUUUACCCAAAGAAUGUACUGUACAGACUAUUUAGAAAUCAGUGAAAUCAGUGCAUUGGUAAGACAAAAGAGACAGGAACUGGAGUUGUCAUGGUUUCCUGAUACAGUACCUGGAAUUGGGAGAAUCAGUCUUAUACCCUGGGAUAUUGAAACUGAAGUCCUUCCUCUCAUCUCUACUGUAUUACCAAGAACUAUUUUUCCAACAAAUACUAUAUCUUUAGAAAAUUUUGAUACAUCUUGUAAAGAGUAUGCAUUAGCACAUACUCAAGAAGGAGAAGAAAAGAAACAAACUUCUGGAACAUCAAACACCAGGGGAUCAAGGCGAAAACCUGCAGCAACCCCCACAAGAAGAUCUACACGUAACAUGAGAGCCGAAGCAGUCAGUCAGUCUCAAGAAUCUUCAGUCUCAAAUAAUUCUGGGUGUGAUGCUCCAGAUAAUAGUAAUCCAUCUGUAAGUGAGCCUUCUUCAGCCGAGUCAGAGAAACAGACGAGACAGGCCCCCAAACGGAAAUCUGUCAGAAGAGCCAGAAAACCACCUUUACUGAAAAAGAAACUGAGGAGUUCUGUACUUCCCCCGGACAAGUCUUCUGGUGACUCGGUGGAUGAAGAAGCAGCAGAGUCUGAUAUCCCACCUGUGCCAGUGAAGGAGCAUCAGUCAGAUGUAGAAGGUGAAAACACUUGCACUGUGCAGGCUGAGGUGGAAAGUGAGUCUGCUAAUGAAUUAGAAAAGUGCAGUGAGCAAGUAGAAGAAAGUGAGAGGCAAGCAGAGAGUCAUGAUACGCAGGAAGAAGUGGCAUUUUCGUUUCCUGAAUUUCCUACCCAGGAUAAUCCUGUGCUAGCUGAAGAAGACAAAGCGCAGAGUGCUGAGAGCACAGCCGAGGAGACCAGUGCUGUGUGUCUAGCAGGGAAGAGUCCCGAGAGUGCCUCUGAGAAAGCGGGUGAUUCGUUGGAAGAUGAAGGAAAAGUGUCUGAACAGUCAGGGUCAGAGGUCACAGCAGACAGGGGUGUAGGUCACCCUUCAGAGGAGUCUCUUACCUGUUCAGAACCUGACACUGAAGGGCACCCACCUGUUCCAAGCCUGAAUGACUUACCUGAGGGUGAAGAAUCAGUGGCUAAAGAAGAAAAGGUUAUAGGGAGUCCAAUAGCAGAACUUAUGGAUCAUAAAGAUUCUACAGAAAAAACAGAAGAGUUUGUAGAGGAUGGAAUCGUACAAACAGCGGACACAGAAUCUGUUGAGGGCCCAAAGGUUCAGUUGCUUGGGCGUGUUGAAACUGAAGGUGUAGAAACAGGUACAGUGUGUGAUACUGCAGGGAAUGAAAGUGUCAACAUUAUUCAAGACUCUGAAAAUAAUUUAUUAAAAAAUACUCUUAUUACUGAAUCAGACAAACCUGUAGAGGACAAGACUGAGUCUUUGGUUGAGCAUCUUAAAUCUUCAGAAUUGCCUAACACACACAUUGAACAGAUUCAGAAGCAUUUUAGUGAAGAUAACAAUGAAAUGAUACCUAUGGAAUGUGAUUCACUUUGCAGUGACCACAAUGAAUCUGAAAUUGAACAGUCUGUCAGUGCUGAUGCUAAGCAAUUGGAUGAAAAUUCUGUGGAGCAUUGUUCUCAAAAUAAUGCACAGGUUUCUGAUGCUGCGAGUGAAAAAGUUGUGUCACAACCAUCUGAAUGCUCAGUAGAUAAAGCAAAAAAGCCUCGUACUCGAAAAUCUAGAUUUCAUUCUCCAUCUACAACUUGGUCUCCCAACAAUGACAGUACACAAGAACAAAAACGUUCUCAGUCUCCAUCUCCCAAAAGAGAAACUGGAAAAGAAAACAGGAAGUCUAGGUCACCAUCUCCCAAGAAAGAAUCUGCUAGGGGACGGAGAAAAUCCCGUUCUCAGUCCCCCAGAAAGGAUGUUGCAAGAGAAAGGAAGCCAUCUCAGACUCGAUCUCCAAAAAGAGAUAGAACUAGGGAAGGCAAAAGAUCGGAAUCCCUCUCCCCAAAAAGAGACAAUUCCAGAGAGAAUAGGAGAUCUCAGUCAAGAGUGAAAGAGUCCUCCCCUCGAGAAAAGUCCAGGUCCCGGAGCAGAGAAAGAGAGAGUGAUAGAGAUGGACAGAGGAGAGAUCGGGACAGAGAAAGGAGAAGUAGACGGUGGUCUCGGUCCAGAUCUCGUUCUAGGUCACCAUCAAGAUCUAGAACAAAAAAUAAGAGUUCAUUGUUUGGUAGAAAUGACAGAGAUAAUUAUUCUCGAUGGAAGGAAAGAUGGGCAAAUGAUGGUUGGAGGUGUCCACGAGGAAAUGAUCGAUACAGAAAGAAUGACCCAGAGAAGCAGAAUGAAAAUACAAGAAAAGAAAAAAGUGACAUCAGUCCAGAUGCUGAUGAUCCAAAUUCUGCUGAUAAACAUAGAAAUAACUGUCCCAGUUGGGUAACAGAAAAAAUAAAUUCUGGGCCUGAUCCAAGGACCAGAAAUCCAGAAAAGUUAAAAGAUUCUCAUUGGGAAGAAAAUAGAAAUGAAAAUUCAGGUAAUUCUUGGAAUAAAAACUUCAGUUCAAGCUGGGUGUCCAAGCGUGGCAGGGGCGGCCGUGGCAGAGGCUCCUUCAGAGGGGGCUUUGCCUGUGCAGAGCAGAGUGAAGGCCGGUGGCAGAACCGAGAUCCCCUCUCGGGGGGUGCACACAGUCCAGGGAACGAGCCCUUCCGGUUUGCGGAGCAGCAGCCCUGCAAGCGGAAAGACGAGCGAGAGUUCUCAUUUGACACACCAGCAGACAGGUCGGGGUGGACGUCUGCGUCCAGCUGGGCUGUCAGGAAGACGCUGCCAGCAGAUGUGCAAAGCUAUUACUCACGACGGGGCAGGCAUUCCUCAGGUCCUCAGGCUGGGUGGAUGAGACAAGAAGAGGAAACAGCUGAACAGGAUUCUAACAUAAAAGACCAAACGAAUCAACAAAGUGAUGGUUCUCAGCUACCUAUAAACAUGAUGCAGCCACAAAUGAAUGUAAUGCCGCAACAAAUGAAUGCACAGCACCAGCCUAUGAAUAUCUUCCCUUACCCAGUGGGUGUUCAUGCUCCUUUGAUGAACAUUCCACGCCAUCCAUAUAACAUCCAUCCUCAGCUGCCCUUGCAUCUGCACCCAGGGGUGCCUCUGAUGCCGGUAGCUGCUCCAGCCAGUAUAUCUCAGGGAUUGCCACCACCCCCACCCCCUCCCCCACCAUCCCAGCACGUUAACUACAUCGCUUCACAGCCAGAUGGAAAGCAACUGCAGGGUGUUUCUAGUGCUCCUCAUGUAAGUAGCAACACGAGCACACCAGUCGUACCUGCUCCGCCAGCAGCCCCAGGAAGCACGGGAGCAGUUCAGGGGCCAAGUUCUGGUAACACUUCGUCAUCAAGCCACAGCAAAGCCUCUAAUGCUGCUAUGAAAGUGGCAGAAGGCAGAGUAAGUGCCACAGUGGAAGCCAGCGCAGAUAGCUCGAAGACAGACAAGAAAUUGCAGAUUCAAGAAAAAGCAGCACAGGAGGUAAAGUUGGCCAUUAAGCCAUUUUACCAAAACAAAGACAUCACCAAGGAAGAAUACAAAGAGAUUGUCCGGAAAGCAGUAGAUAAGGUAUGUCACAGUAAGAGUGGCGAAGUAAAUUCAGCCAAAGUGGCAAAUCUGGUUAAAGCCUACGUUGACAAAUACAAAUAUUCACGGAAGGGAAGCCAAAAGAAAACUCUGGAGGAAGCUGUGUCUACUGAAAAGAACAUUGGUUGAAAUGGGGAGCAUUGUAGAGGACACUGUCACCAUAUCUGCAAAGUGCAAUUUCAACAUGUAUCUUUGACUGAAAAUCAUACAUAACUGUGAUUGAAAUUUGGUUUUGAUAAAAUUAUUUUUUUUAAUGUAGGAUAUACUGUUUUGUUCUAAAUAAAUGUAGUUCUGCACUGCAACUUCUAUGUUCUUUCCUCCCCCUCUCAAAAUUGAAAUAAAUUUAAGAGAAAGUAAAGGGGCUAAAGGAAUGUGCAGCUUUACUGGGACUGUUGUAGUUUGGAAGAUGUACAGCUUUUUAAUUUGAAGAGCGGAGUGCAUGAACUAGUAACUUCAAAGUGCACUUGUUUUGGAAGAGAUUUAUAUAUAUAUAUAAUACAUUUAUUCUGUCAGGCUAAAAAUGAAGUAUGAUCUUUAUGAUUUUUUUCUCAUUAUAGAAAUUUAAGUAAUGUAUUACCAUGAAAAUAUUUCUAAUAACAGAAGACACCAAUUGCAGAUUUCCUAACGUGUAUUUUUUAAGCAUACAUCUGAAUAAAUUGCUUAGAUUGAAAACUAUCAUGAGUAAAAUCAACAUUUUGGGACACACUUCACCUAUUGUAUCACCAAAUAAAGACGAUGCUGCUUGUUUUUCCUUUGUGCCUUCCUGCCAGGCCCACCUCCACUCCUCACCCCUGCAGGAGAUGAAGCAGUUUGAUUCGCUAAAUUUGUCACUUCAUUUGUCUAAGGUCUUGUUGAACUUAGAAAACCAAUUUGCAAAAAAGUAUCAGCUUUGCAGACAUUAUGUUCCUUCUCUGUCUCUUCUAUCAGAAAUGACAGAUUACCUGUGCCAACAAGAUCAUCGCUGUUGAUAGUAACCCCUGCCUUCCGUUCACUGUCAUAGGGUUAGCAGACUCACUAAAAUGGCUUUCGCGUUGUUGCUCAUCUAAUCACUAAUUUAAUUUCUUUCACUAUUGAGAAAUCUCCAAAUGCUUUAUAAUAAGCAAAUGUUAAUUUGGUGGCCAUAUGGUAGCCAGUAGUCAUGUUGCAAAAUUAAGCAAUAAAAUAUAUUUGGGAAAGGAAGAGGAAUUAAACGAUGACAUCUUGGUUAGGAUUUUAGGUACUAGGAAUUUGGUGGGUUGUUUUUUGUUUUUUUUUUAAGUAUUAUUAGACUUUUGGUAAAGGUAAGUUAAAAAUUUUUGUGGCACCAUUUUAAUUGGCAUCUUGGAAGAAAAACUGAGUUAUUUCCAUGGUAAAUUGUCUUUCAGUCACAAUUUUUAAUAUAUACCAUAUAAUUAGAGCUAUUCAGGUCAUAAACUAAUGGUUCAGUGAUAUAUAUGCCUCAGUACGGUUCCCUGACCCUUUUACUAACCAGCCUAGUCAGAGCAAUACUACUCUGUAGGAUUUUGACUUUUUAAGUAAGUUAUGUUUCUCAUUUUUAUGUGCAUAAUACAUUGGUGCUAGCUUUGGUAGGCAAAAAUAUUCUGAAAUGUUGACCUCUCCCAAUAUAAUGAUUGUGUUUAUAAUCUUUAUUAGAUUAUGAGUGUUAUCCCAAAAUGUAUUAGAACUAUUUACAAGCAGCUUUUGAUCUUUAUUAAACAUCAUUUCUGGGCAUUUGUAUUAUGAUAUUCUACUGAUUUAUAUAUGUUUUUAAAGUUUGUGUUUAGAUUAUGGUGGAGAAAGAAAUUUGGAAGUAUAUUUCUUCUAACAAUUCUGCAAACACCAGUUUGUUUUAGUUUUGAACUAUAGAACAGUAUGAACCUGUCAUUUAUUUUGAGUUAAAGGUGGUUCACACUCUGAAAUUUUGUAGCAAAUUACUGUGCCUACGCUUACCUAGUGCGACUUUUAGUGAUGUUUGGGAGUUGGGGGACAUUUUUAAUACUUGCUUUAUACUAUGCUUUUACAAAAACAUUUAAAGUUUUUGGGGGGGAAGCCAGGUGUGUGGUUAAGAGUUAAAAUUUUACAUCUUUGGUAGCAGUGCUGUGAGUUAUUUCUGGCUGGAGUCUGGUUAGGUCGCAUUUAAAAAUAGCUAAUUAAGAAUGUUUUGGGAUUAGAACUCAAGCUUUUAAAACUUGGAGAUAUUUAAGAAUAUAUUAGAAAGUGCAUGCUUUAUGUUAAAAAUGCAUUGCUUUAACAUUUCCCAUUCAUGCUUUUUUCAGAAAUUUACAUUUAUUUUGCAUGUGUUCAAAUUUAAAAACAUUUUGUGGGGUUACAGAGUUCCUUUGUUAUUUAUGAAGAUUCAGUGUUAAAUUGACCAGAUACCUUGAUCCCUUUAACUUACUAGUCACAUUUACCAUGUUCCUAGAAUUUUGAGCUGUGCGUAGUUAUAUUAACAUUCCAAAAGCUUUUGUGAUUUUUUUUUUCCUCCUGGUAAUUACAAAACUUCCUCCAUUGUUUUCCUUUAAAUGGCCACAGUGUGUACUGCUGGAAUGUUCCAUCUGAAAGAUGUAGCUUCAGAAAGCACAGUGGUUUUCCCAUGGUCCAUGACACAUUGUAGUAUGAGGUUGGAGUGCUGUCUACUGAAAAAAUAUUCUUAAACAAAUGUAGUAUGUAAUAUUUUCUAAUAAAUGCUUUUGAUAAACAAAGUAGUGUCAUUAGUAUUAUUAAGAUUUCUGGGGAAACUGGACAGAUCUUAAGGCACUUGCUUUGCAUGCAGCUGACCCUUUUCAAAUUCCUAGCACCACAGAGGGUCACCCUAACACAGCCACUGGUGACUGCUGAGUACAGAUCCAGAAAUAGUUCUUGAGAUCAGCUCAGAUGUGGUCCUCAAACACAAGAUUCUUUGGGAAGCCGUAAAUUUAACCUCAAUUUAAUUCUUUGCAAACAUAGAAAAGUAAUUUUUACGUUUAUAUCAAAGUAGCAUCAUAAUGUCAAAGUUGUACAAGCUUAAAGUUAACCUUCAGCAUAGUGUUUAAAUAGCAUUGUCGCUAUAUAAUUAUAGGAAGUUAGAAGAACUAAAGUGUAAAAUAGAAGAAACCAAAGGAAGAAAUUAUAUUAGUAAUCUUACAUAACAACAAUUAACACCAAAUAAAUUGUACAUAACUAUGUUGUAACAUCCUUUCCACUUAAUUAUUCGGUGAGAAAUUUCCAUUUUAAUAAAAGUUACAGCAUGAUUUACUAAUUACAUUUUAUUCUAUUACAUGGAUAUGCCAUUCUACUAUUGGUUAUUAAUAGAAACUAUACAUUUUACUAAUAAAGACUGAUCUAAGUACCUGUAUACACAAGUUCAGUUUUUUGUUUCCCAUUCUAGAUUGUUUUCUUGGGAUUAAUUUCUGCGGGUGAAAACCUUGGUCAGUCUGCAGUCCUCGUUACGUUUCUUGUUUUGUCCACACCCAGUGGUGCUCUCGAACUGCUCCCAGCCUCUAUCGAUGCUUCUGAAGCCCUUUCGGGGAGUGAGGGUAACGCUGGGCCUCUGGCAUGCACAGCUGCACUCCAGCUUUAGGGUUGUCACCCAGCCUCUCAUUAACUUUUGUUUGUUUGGGUGGGGUGCCAUGCUGAACUGUGCUCAGGAAGCACUCCCUGUUUGCCAGGGAUUGCCCAAAUGGGUGGGCUGGGUGCAAGCACAAGCUCUCUACUCCAGCCCCACCUUCAUCAAAAUUUUUUUUUCUUCUUGGGUCACACCCGGCAAUGCUCAGGGGUUACUCCUGGCUCUGCGCUCAGGAAUUACCCUUGGCGGUGCUCAGGGGACCAUAUGGGUUGCUGGGAUUCGAACCCGGGUUGACCGUGUGCAAGGCAAAUGCCCCACCUCUGUGGUAUCGCUCCAGUCCCCAUCAUAAAAUUUUAAUGUAACUAUGCAUACACCAGUUUUAUCAUUUUAAGAAUUCAAUUGUCAGUUUCAUUUUUUUUAAGUUAAUUUCCUUACCCAGAGAUACGCAUCAGCAAAGUUGCUGUGGGAGCUAGUGAGAUGAUACCGUGGGUGAAGCAAGCAGAGGCAUUCGGACGCAAUACAGAGCUGGCACUAGACAGCUGCUCAAGCCUCACCCGACCAUUGCCCGGUGUGGUCGACUUGGACCAGGCUGAGGUGCCCCGAUGGUCUCGGCAUCGCGAGCCCCGAGCUGCACCCUGUCCCUGGGCUCGGCUCGGCAGAGUAUCUCUAGGACCGGCCCAGGGCUCUGGGGACUGGGGAGGCCAACUUUAAAGUGCAGGUGGGGGGAGGGGUGGCACAGGGCUUUUGAGUAUCUUUCCAAAUGUUUCUAAAUAGUUUAUAAUCUGCAAAAAUUCUUACUGAAUUUCUAGGAAAAUAGAUUUACGAGAUCUUUUUCCUAGGCCUAUGAAUUGCGUUUUACAAACUGCGUCGCUGGUACCCUUAGCAUGCUGAAGAUAAAGUCUAAUGCUCAUGUUCUAGUUUAUACUGCCUGAGUUCCUCUGUUGAUGGACAUUUAAAUAAGUGCAUGUUUUGGCUAUUAGAAACAUUGUUAUAAAUGACUCUGUGAUGAAUUUGAGUGUAUCAGUGAGUUCCAGUAUUAAACAUUUUAUAUUUGGA